AUGCGCAGACAAGUAAAACCAACACAACUUGCGAUGGAUCGCAUUUCGGCGCUCGAAAUGAAGAUAGAUGGGGCUGUUAAGACGCUGAUUGAAGGUUGGCAAUCACAAGAGGCCACUCUGACUAAGCUUUUAAAGGAAAGCAAUAUACUUCGAGUCAUCAACCCGCUAAAAGAGAUGACGGGUGUGGCUCGCAACGACAACAAGGGAGAGCCAGUUGAUCCGGUGGAGCAGACCACCCUUUUAAAAUGGCCGGCCAUCAAGCGCCUGCUAGAGACAGCUUAUGCCGAAGACUACGUGCUCCAGUUGGAGGAACAACGGGAUCUGAUCAGUAUACACGGUCGGAGAGAGAGCUCAUACAUAGCAGACGACACGGUAUUGCCUACGUCACUCCGACCGACGAAAGACAGUGGACAUAGCACAGGGCUCUCAACGUCCGAUAGCGCCUUCAAAGUUGUGGUCCCCGCUUCGCCUGCAGACACUCCUGCGGAAAUUGAUCGGACUGGGUCUCUAGGGCUCGACGCGAGGACGGCCCGCCGGUAUUUUCAAAGCUAUCUUGAAAGCAUGCACAAGUUGCAUCCUUUCUUGUGCCAAAAUGACCUGACGAUGAAGGUAAAUGAAUUUAUUCGUUGUUAUUGCGCACGAGAUUUCCCGCUAUCGUUCAAUACCAAUUCUCUACGUCGUGGUAAGAAGCGGAGACGGUCAUACGAGGACUUAAAAGGGCCUCAAAUGUGUUCGGCAUCCGCGCAGCCAAAAGUAGUGGAAGAAAACAUUGAUAAUGCUAUAACUCUGCUGGUCUUUGCCAUUGGUGCUUUCUGCGAGCAAAAAGCCCUGCUACUGGGGUCAAUGAUGGAUGAACAGACUCUUGACUACCGCCACCAACCGAUCGCGGCUCAGCUUGCAUUGAAAUAUCCUUGUCCGCCCAUACCGCCCAGGGAUGAUGCAUACUCGGUGACCAGUGCUCUAUACAUCUCCAAUUCAGGUUCCACCGCUCAGGAGCAGAGACAGAAUUUCUCCAAACAUACAAUCUCUACAAUGAAAGGCGACUACGUCCUCGUGAAGAAUCAUGAGGGGAUACCCGGAUUGGCUCUGUACGGUUAUGCCGCAAUGAUUCUGGGUUUGAUGCAAGGAGGCAUCGGACUCCCACAUCUCCAGGCCAGGCUGCUUGCAGCUCUAUAUGCCGACCAGUUGGUCCAUCCCCUUCAGAGUCAUGGCUGGGUCUGCCAAGCUGUGCAAAUCUGUCAAGCUUUAAUCAGACAAAAGAAGCGCUUCCCGGGGACAGUGUCGGAGAGCCCUACCCAGGAUCUCUUCAACUUUGCCUACUGGACAUGUGUGCAGCUAGAGAGCGAUCUCCUCGUAGCACUUAACCUUCCGGCAAGCAAUACCCGUCUGACCGAAGGUGAGAUUCAUCUACCUAGGGGUCGUUUUACGAUUGACUUCUCCAACGACUUGACAGCGCCAGCUGCUCGUAUGCUGAUCAUCCAUUCGGCUCGGAUCCACCUCCGCAAGAUUCUUAAUCAUGUUCAAUUCGACCUUUACCGUGCAAAGAAGAAGGGGCAGUUCGGACGACUGUGGUCUGAGACACUAGAAGCUCUCAGUGCGAACCUUGAACUCUGGCGAGAAAAUCUUCCGAACAUGGUGAACUGGAAGGAUAACGAUCCACCUGCCGCCGAAAUCAAUGCCGCUCGUAUGCGCGCUGAAUACUACGACGCCCGGUAUAUGAUUCAUCGCCCGUCGCUCUACAGCACCCUAAAUCAUGGACAAGAUGGCGCCCAAGUGCUCGUACAGUCAAAUCCCACGGCUGUCGUUGAAUCGACCGAAGUAUUUUCGACGACACUACUAGCAUGCAGGGCUUGCAUUCAAUCGGCUAUCCAUAGCUCAACUGCAUUUGACGGUGUCGAGGACAGGCUAAUCUUGACGAAUUACUUUGGUAUAGCUCAAACACAAUGCGGCAACAUGCUCGUUCUCUCCGCGACGUAUAACGCCAACCUCGCCGGCCUUUCCGAUCUCGUAGACCGCGACACGCUCGAGCGUCUCCUUAUACGUACCAUCAAAUUCUUACGCCGAAGUCAAAUCGCGUCACCCACUAUACGUGCUAAUGCUCGAAUGUUGAUCGAGGUUUUUACCAGGAUCUUUGAUCAUGAACCUGACCUCUCUAGCUAG